UCUCUGUCUCUCUCUCUCAUUCAUUUAUACACACAGGCUUACACUUCUGCUCUCUCCUCUCUCUCUCUCUUUCUUUCUGUCUCUCUGUCUCUGUCUCUGUCUCUCUCUGUCUCUCUCUUGUUCCCUCUUGAUUUCUCAGAAUGAUGAUUCUAGGUACAGCUUUUGGCAUCGUUUACUAUUUACUUCAAGUUGUUUCUGGAGAAAGUGGCUAUGCACAGAAUGGAGACUUGGAAGAUGCAGAACUAGAUGACUACUCCUUCUGGUGCUACAGUCAGUUGGAAGUCGAUGGAGCUCAGCACUCACUGACGUGUAUUUUUAAUGACCCAGACAUCAACAGCACCAAUCUGGAAAUGGAAAUAUGUGGAGCUCUGAUGCGUGUAAAUUGCUUGAGUCUUAAUAAAAUGCAAAAGAUGUAUUUCCUCAAGACAAAACGAUUCUUACUGAUUGGUGAAAGCAGAAUAUGUGUGAAGCUUGGAGAAAAAAACAUAUACUGCAAAAUAUUCGACAUAGGCAAAAUAGUUAAACCUGAUCCACCUUUUGAUGUACAAGCCAUUUAUCGUGAGGGAGCAAAUGACUUUGAAGUGACCUUUAAUAUGUCAUACUUGCACAAGACAUAUGCAAAUCGAUUAAUACAUGAUGUAGCCUUCCGCCCGGAAAAGGAGGAAAACAACUGGACGCACAUGAAUUUAUCCAACACAAGGCUGACACUCCUGCAGAGGAAGCUGAAACCUAACACAAUGUAUGAGAUUAAAGUCCGAUCCAUUCCUACAGACUAUUUUGAAGGCUUCUGGAGUGAAUGGAGUCCAAGUUCCUUCUUCAGAAAUCCAGAGAUCAAGAGUCCAGGGGAGAUGAAUCUUAUUUUGCUGACUGUCAGCACUCUGAGUUGCUUCUCUAUAAUUCUGGUGGUCAUCUUAGCCUGCAUGUUGUGGGAAAAAAGGAUUAAGCCUAUUGUGUGGCCUAGUCUCCCAGAUCAUAAGAAGACUCUGGAACAACUUUGUAAAAAACCAAAAAGAAAUUUAAAUGUGAGCUUCAAUCCCGAGAGUUUUCUAGACUACCAGAUUCAUGAGGUGGAUGGAAUUCAAGCUAGAGAUGAAGCCCAAGGUUUUCUGCAGGACAUUCUGCCUCCACAACUAGGGGAGUCUGGGGAGCAGGGGAUUGGAGGGAGUGUCUGCAGCCCCAACAGGCCUUCUGAGAGCACAGCCAUCACCCCGGAAGCUUUCAGCAGAGAAGCACCCCACAGAGACCAGGCUGGAAACGUCAGUACAUGCAAUAGCCUUAUUCUUCCCUCUUGCAAUUCUCCAAACUACAGGGAAGGUGACAAGAAUGGGCCUCAUGUGUACCUGGGCUUGCUACCUAGUCCUGGAACUACAGAUACCAUUCUAUCCCCACCAUUUCCUCUCCAAUCAGGAAUCCUGACUUUAAACCCAGUUGUUCAGGGACCACCCAUCCACACUUCCCUGGGACCAAAUCAAGAAGAAGCAUACGUCACAAUGUCCAGCUUUUACCAAAACCAGUGAAUUGUGAGGAAAUCGAAGACCAUCCCCAUUGCAAACAACAAAUAUGGCGGAGAGAACUCCACUAUCCACUCUUCAGGACUCUGAGCCAUGACUGUGACAUUCUGAUUCAGUAGCAUUCAAAACAAGAAAAGAAAAUUCUGCUUCUAUCACAUUGAUUUAGUCUUGAGGUUUGGAAUGACACACAGAAGAAAAAAAGUAAGAAAGAAUUAAGGAAAGGGUGAAGGAAAAGAUGGAUGAGUAUGAGCAAUGGAGUAAGAGAAGAAAGAAGAAAAGGAUUACCAAUGACAAUUUCUAUUGACAGGAUUUGCAUAACCAGUGCUGUGCUAAGUCCUUCUCACAGUUUAUUUCACUGAAGUAGGUCAAUUAUAACUAUCAUUCUUUUUUACAGAUAAUAAAAUUUAGAGUGAAGGGUAAAUUACUCUUCUAAGUUUCCCACUAAGUUGGGCGUGAAGAUCGUGGGAUCUAUUUUCAGUCUACCUGUUUCCGAACCUUUCUCUUAACUAAGGACUGUCUCAUUCUUGAGCACCAAGCAUUACUAAUUACUAGGUGAUGAUAUGAUUGAUUAUCCAAACCGAGUCGCUUUUGAAAGUGAAAGGCGAAGUCAUAAUCACUCCAGAAUGACAUGCAUGAACUGGAACUGUCCUAGAUAAAUAUAAGCAUGUUGUUAUUGAAUGAAUACCACUGUAACGAAAAAAGUGGAGACAAAUGGUUUCAAAGGGGUAAGCAUCAUGGCUAGCCAUGUCAAAGAUAUGGGAAGAAGGCAAGAGAAAGUCUCCAAACUGAUUUGAUUUUAUUUUGCUGAACUCAAGUUUGAUUAGUUAUCAAGAGUAUGUUCCCUUUGCUGCUACCAUCCAUCAACCUCUUGUAUGAUCAGAGAAGAACCUGUUGCCAGCCCCCGACAGUGGGACAGUUGACAAAGAAAUGGAGGAAUGGUACCUUUAAUGUGUGCACAUACUGCCCCUGAAUUAUCCUUGGAUGCUGCUACAAACUUCAGGGAGAAUAGGUUAUGGACACUGUAGUGAGCAGCCAGUUUCGGCUACAUUCGUAAAGCUAUGGAGAUGGCAUAUUAUGAAUAUUUAACGUUUGUCCUUUCACCUUUUUUAGUCUAGAUAAAUGUCUAAUGAUUAGGUCAAACCAAUUCAAGGCAGCUAGGCAAUGUCAGCCAACCCUGAUAGAUCACAGGCCCCUGGUCCUGGCAGCUCAUGGAAUCAUCUAAAGUAGAGACAGGGAGAUAAAGAAGGAUGUAAGUUCAAGGUCGUUUUUCAGAGUUUGUUGUUCAUGUUUAGUGUUUCAUCUUUAUUCGCUCUCUACUUGGUUUAGGGAAACUAAGUGAUUUUAAUUUUCAUGUAUCUCUUGUGCUGUGAAUGGCAAUUUAAACUGUGGACAAAUAGAGCCUGCCUAUUGGCUUAAGCCCUAGUCAUAAUCAGACUAUUUUAUUUGGGGAUGAAUGUUUUACUUUUCAAAGUGCUUUUCCUCUACAUCAGAAGUAGUAAAUACAGUGCCCUAACCCCUUAGCUGUGCUUAGUGCUUUUGUGAUUUUUUUCAAAGCACUUCUGUAAACACUGUCUUUCAUCUCUUUGACAAUCAUUUAUACAAAGCCUGCUAUAUGCCAUCCAAAAUGCUAGGCACAGGACAUCAGAGAACAAAUAACAAUGGGAUCCUACCUCAGAAAGCACAAAAUUUAACCAAAGUGACAGGUUGUCAACAAAUUAUCAUAAUACUUCAAAAUGUUAUAACAGAAGUAUGUUGAUUAGAGAUCAAGAAAAUGCUACAAAAAUGACAUAAAUUUGCAUGCAAAAAAGUAGAAUCUGCCAGGUCCAGAAAUAGUAGAGAUAUUUUCCAUUAAGAAGGCAGAUUUUUUUAUCCAUAUUAAAAAAUGAGAGUCAAGCCUCAAAGAGAAGAUCACACAAAAUCUGAUACUCACCCUAAAUCUUAGACUCCCUGAUUCACUGAGGUUGUUUGAAGGAUUUAUUUUUAUUAUCUUUGACUCAUGGGGAAAUUGGAACACAGAAAGGAACAAGUAAGUUACUCACACUCACAUGUUAAUUCAGAACUGGGAGCUCCAAUUUUAUAGCCUUCGCAUAUAUAGAGAAUCUCCUUAAGAAAGGAAAAAUAACUUGGGGACCACACUGAGAUCCCUCUCCAUUUCUAAAAUCCUAUGUUUCAAUGUUGUUUAGACAAUUGUCAUCUGAUUUGGUAUGUGUCUAUAAUGUUUAUUGGAGAAAUUGAAAACCUAUGUAUUGUAAUGGGACUUUCACUUAUUAAUAGUAUCUGCUGCUAUGCUUGAUUAUAUACUCAGGGAGAACAUACAAUGUAAGAUUUCUAUCUGGUCCUCACUCAUCCCUCUCUUGGGAUUUAUAAAGGAAGAAAAAGCUCUUGAUUAGAGAUGAUGUGUAAAUCAGAGAUGUUAAACUGCUAGUUCCGUGUAACAUGAAAUGAAAGGAGAACUGAAAGGAGAAUGAGAAACAAAGCAGUAAUUUGGUCAAAUGAGUAUGCGUGGGUCCAGAGGACUCACAAUUAUUCAGUGGAUUUUCUGUAUGUGUUAUGCUUUCCAUGGGAAUUGGCUCCAAACAUCCAAGUAAGGGCAAUUUCAGAUGAAUGUACUUAUGUGACUUUGCUCUUUAGGAAGUGCUGCCAGGCUUGGAACUGGCAAGGAAGAUAGUAAGAAUAUGUUGUAGGUAUAUGGACACAGCUCAGAAGAUAUUUUUGCUAGCUCAGUAGUUUUCCUUGGAAUUAAUCUUAAAUGGAUCCAAUACUCACUACAGUGAACGUCUCUGAAACUGUUGUGUUCUUUUCACAUGCAUUACUAAUAUUUGCAGAGCUGCUACUAUGAAUAUAAAUAUACAGUGUGUGGCACCAUCUCAUAUUUAAUUAAAUAUUAUGGGACUUCG